UAUACCAAAGCACCAUCUGACGGAGAAAGAUAUUAACAGUACUAUCCAAAAUGGCGCUCAAGGGACAGGUUGGUCAAAAAAUUAUGAACGAGGUGAUCAAGCAGAAAAAGAAAGCAGCAGGAGGAGUAGAAUGGAGGAUCCUUGUCGUGGAUCAGUUGGCGAUGAGAAUGGUCUCGGCAUGUUGUAAGAUGCAUGAUAUCAGUGCCCAAGGGAUUACCCUGGUCGAAGAUAUCAACAAGAAACGUGAACCUUUGCCAACGAUGGAGGCUAUUUAUUUGAUAACACCGUGCAAUUCAUCCGUGCAGAAAUUGAUUGAAGAUUUCAACAACCCGACUAGAACGACCUACAAAGUCGCUCACGUUUAUUUUACCGAAGUCUGCCCGGAGGAGCUGUUCAAUGAACUCUGCAAGUCUCUCGCCGCUAAAAAGAUCAAAACCCUCAAAGAGAUCAACAUCGCUUUCCUGCCAUAUGAGUCGCAGGUAUUCUCUUUGGACUCACGUGAAACCUUUGCCUGUUUCUACAAUCCAUCCUUCUUAAAUUUGAGAACUGCCAAUAUGGAAAGAAUUGCAGAACAAAUUGCCACUCUUUGUGCAACGCUUGGUGAAUAUCCGUCCGUUAGAUAUCGAAGUGACUUUGAUCGGAACGUUGAAUUGGCACAAAUGGUUCAACAAAAAUUAGACGCUUAUAAAGCGGAUGAACCCACUAUGGGAGAAGGACCAGAAAAGGCUCGCUCUCAAUUACUUAUCCUAGAUAGAGGUUUUGACUGUGUUUCUCCCUUGUUACAUGAAUUAACACUACAGGCUAUGGCAUACGAUUUGUUGGAUAUUGACAAUGAUGUUUACAGAUUUGAAGCAUCUGCUGGCGUAGAAAAAGAAGUUCUUUUAGAUGAGAAUGAUGAUUUAUGGGUUGAAUUAAGGCAUCAACACAUUGCUGUAGUCUCUCAAAACGUUACCAAAAAUUUGAAGAAAUUCACCGAAUCUAAGAGAAUGCCACAGGGUGAUAAACAAAGUAUGCGAGAUCUUUCACAAAUGAUUAAAAAGAUGCCACAGUAUCAAAAAGAAUUAAGUAAAUAUGCUACGCAUCUUCAAUUAGCAGAAGAUUGUAUGAAGCGUUACCAAGGAAAUGUGGAUAAACUUUGUAAAGUGGAACAAGAUUUAGCUAUGGGUACGGAUGCUGAAGGUGAACGUAUAAAAGAUCACAUGAGAAAUAUAACUCCAAUUUUGCUAGAUCAAAAUGUAGAUCAUUUAGACAAAUUACGUAUCAUUGCAUUGUAUGUCAUUAGUAAAAAUGGUAUAAACGAAGAAAAUCUUAAUCGUCUAGUUAAUCAUGCUCAAAUAUCUGCAGAUGAUAAACAAACUAUCGUUAACAUAGCGAAUCUUGGCAUUAACGUGGUAGUGGAUGGUAAUCGCAAAAAAUUAUACACAGUUCAACGAAAAGAAAGGAUCACAGAACAAACAUAUCAAAUGAGUCGAUGGACACCAGUAAUAAAAGAUAUUAUGGAAGACUCUAUAGAAGACAAAUUAGAAUCUAAACAUUUCCCUUUCUUAGCUGGACGUGCAGCUAGUUCGGGAUAUCAUGCACCUGCCAGUGUUAGAUACGGUCACUGGCAUAAAGACAAAGGACAACAAACCAUCAAGAAUGUCCCACGUUUAAUCGUAUUCAUUGUUGGUGGUGUUUGUUUUUCGGAAAUACGAUGCGCUUAUGAAGUAACAAAUGCUUUGAAAAAUUGGGAAGUUAUUAUCGGUUCAUCGCAUAUAAUUACACCGAAAUCAUUUCUAAACGACCUGAGUAAACUUCACGUCUAAACAAUUCCAUAACCGAUAAUGCAAAACACUUUCUGCAUUCCUGACCUGUCGUCACUGUCUAUUUUGACUCUUCAUCAGUACUACCAAACAUGAAUCUGUAACUUGUGAUCUCUUUGAGGACAAAUUAUUAAUUAAAAAAGAAAGAAAGAAAGAAAGAGAAAAAAAAAAUAGAAAAAAAAAACAAAGCAAAAAAAGAAAUACACGGUCAAUUCCGUAGAUAAAAGUUCGUUUCAAAGUCCGUUUAGAAACGGAUCGCUAAAAAUGAUUAUGCUAUAAAAAUAGAUUAUUUAUUACUUUAUUAUUGUCUAAUAAUAUUAUCUACAAUAAGUACUCUUAUAGUACUGUAAAUUAAAGAAGGAGUAUUCUGAAUGGAGGUAUCACCUGGAAUCAAGUGCCUGCGUGAAGAUUAAUAAUAUGGGAUCACGUAAAGCAUGUUGGCAAUACUGAUGUAUAAAUGUAUAAUGGUACCUUAUUGUUAGAAAUAUGUGCGUGAAUGAUUUAGCGCAGUGUUAGAAGCAAGUAAUUCGUAUAAUUAUAUAAAAGAAAAGAAAAGAAAACAAAAACAAAACAAAAAAAAAAGAAAAAAAAAAUCGUUCAUCCGUUGUUAACAAGAAAGAGGAAUUAAACAGAAAAUGAUUCUAUGUGUUUUAGAAAAGACUCGUGAUAUAUACGUAUAUAAUGCACGCGCUUGGUCUUAUCGAAUUAAUCUCUAUUGAUGGUCAUUUAAAUAUCAUUAAGAAAAAAAAAAAAAAAAAAAAAGUAAAAUCCCUUUAACGAGAAAUUACGGAUAAUAAUCAUUUGAAUGUUUGCGUGACAAAACAAAAAAAAAAAAAAAAGAAGAAAAAAGCCACGCAUUUUUAAUUAGUAUUAUUAUAUACACGAUGACAUAGAUAGUUCAUUAAUCAAGCGUAUUCCGAUAAUGAAAACGUUCAUCGUUCUCUCUAUAAAUUAAGAUGUUGCAGUAUCUGUAAUUUAUGUUUCUUUUGCUUAAGGUCUAUACGAUAAAAGAAAUAAGAAAAGAAAAUAUAUAAAGAACAAACAAA